AUGGAAACUACUCGUCGUCCAUUUACCCUCUCCCUCGCACAGCGCGGCGUCAUCCAGGGCUCCACUAUCUCCGCCGGUUCGGAAUUGUGCCACUACUUCGGCGGCGUGCGAUAUGCUCUCCCGCCACUACAACGCUGGCGCCGUGCCCGCAAACUUCCAUCGUCCUUUACUUACGGCAGUAAAGACGCACCUGGUGUAUGCGACGGUGGAGCGGGAUUAUGUCCGCAGCCCGGGUUCCUGGACCUCUCGCCAGAGAAGCCUGAAGCAUGGGACGAGGAUUGUUUCCAGUGUAACGUGUGGGUGCCCACGGGAACACCUCCGCGCGAUGGAUGGCCGGUGAUGAUAUUCAUCCAUGGUGGAUGGCUUCAAUUCGGCUCGCCGAAUGGCUUCAACGCUGCGGCACUGAUUGGCGAGACGGAGUUCAAGGCUGUCUUUGUUCUGCCUGCAUACCGAGUCAACUUGUUCGGGUUCUUGUACUCUGCGGAACUUGAGCAGGAUGCUGCGGAUGUGGGGGAGACUGUUGGCAACCAAGGAUUCUGGGACCAGAGACUCGCUUUGGAAUGGACGAAGGAGAAUAUCAGUUUAUUCGGUGGAAACCCCGAUCAGAUCACCAUUUCUGGAUACUCCGCGGGCGCAAACUCCGUCUUCCACCAACUCGCCUACGACCUUCGCCAACCAAUCGCCCACUCCAUCGUCCGCCAGGCCGUAAUCUACUCCAACAGCCCAGCCGUCCAACCUAAAUCCCCCACCGAAACACAACCUCAGUUCAACGAACUCCUGACAGCCCUCUCAAUCCCACUCUCCCUCUCCGCAACCGAAAAACUCGCUCGUCUCCGCUCCCUCUCCUCCAAAACCCUACUCGAUGCAAGCAAAACAAUAACCAUCCACCAAUUCCGCCCAACAACAGACGGUUCCUUCAUCCUGCCCACCCUCUUCACGUCGCUAGACAACGGCACCUUCGCCCAAUCUCUACUAUCCCGAAAUAUCCGCCUCAUACUAGGCGAAUGCUCUGACGAACGCUUCCUAUACGCAACCUGGUUCCCACCAAAGGAGAAUACCCUCUCAGCACUACGCACCCGCUUAAUCGCAGAUUACCCAACCCACAUCGUCGACGCAGUCCUACCACUCCACUACCCCAAUGGAACCCUGCCACGGGGUAUAAAGAACUGGGACGAAGAUGCCUGGGGCCGUAUCUACGCCGACAUGCAAGUCUACCAUAUGCAGCGCGGACUUGUUCACGCGUUGACAUGUAAUACUGGCGGGGUUGAUGCGUCGGCGCUGAUUCAUAGGUAUAGGAUUGAGUUCCGGGCGGAGUGUAUGAGAGGAAUUCCGGCUGAGUGGGGGGUUACGCAUUCGAGUGAUUAUCCGUUGUGGUUUUGGGGGAAUGGUGAUGUUUUGACGGAGAAGGAGAAGAGAGGUACUUGGGUGGCGCUUGUCGGGCCAUUGAGUAGGUUUGUGAAGGGGGAGGAGGAGUUUGGGUGGGGGGUUAGUGGGAGGGGGGUUAGGGUUAUGGAGAAGGACGGCGGGGUUAAGAUUAAGGGGGAUGAGCUUUGGGAGGAGGGUGUUAGGGUUUGGAAGAGAGUUAGGGAUGUUGAUGGGGCGAGGGCGAGGCUUUGA